AUGGAAGGUGCCAGCUGGGUAGGAAACCACUGCUGUCCUCAGCCCAAGAACGUCUCUGCCUUGCCGGCCCUGCUGUUCUCUGGCAGAGAGGGGGAGCCCAGCAGGCCUCCAGCUGCAGAGCACAGCGCCCUGCGAGAGCUGCAGCGGAGCGGAGGGAGAGCGAGUCCGCGGAGGAGGCAGCACCUCCCCCCCGCCCGCGGGGAAAGCGCAGGGGCGGGACUGCAGCCCUCGGCCGGGGAGGAGGCGCGAUGGCGGCGGGGCCUGCGGGGGGGCUGCGAGCACUACCGGCGGGGCUGCCUGCUCAAGGCGGGCUGCUGCGGGGCCUUCUUCGCCUGCCGGCUGUGCCACGAUGCCGCCCAGGACCACCCCAUGGACCGCUUCCAAGUCAGCGAGGUGCGCUGCGCCCGAUGCACCGCCGUGCAGCCGGUUCAGCAGAGUUGUGAAGCCUGCCGCCAUGUCUUUGGGGAAUAUUACUGCAGCAUCUGCCACCUCUUCGACGUGGACAAGAAGCAGUUCCAUUGUGAGCAGUGUGGAAUUUGUAGGAUUGGUCCCAAAGAAGAGUUCUUCCACUGCUCCAAAUGUAACUUGUGUUUGGCUCGGACUCUCCAAGGGAAUCACAAGUGCAUUGAAAAUGUCUCAAGGCAAGAUUGUCCCAUAUGUUUGGAGGACAUUCAUACCUCACGUGUGGGAGCUCACGUCCUGCCCUGUGGACAUCUUCUUCAUCGAACUUGUUAUGAAGACCUGCUGAAAGAAGGCUAUCGAUGCCCUUUGUGUAUGCAUUCAGCUUUGGAUAUGACCCAAUACUGGCAACGACUGGACAGCGAAGUAGCUCUGACGCCGAUGCCCUUGGAGUAUCAGAACACGAUGGUGGAGAUUCUUUGCAACGACUGCAAUUCUCGAUCCACAGUACAAUUCCAUAUUCUGGGCAUGAAGUGCAAACACUGUGACUCAUAUAACACAGCCCGGGAUGGCGGCUCUCGUGACUCGUGGCCCAGCAGUGACUGAGACCACGUUGCCUCCUGCUUCACUUGCUGGCCAAGUUCUCAGGGCUGAGGAGUCAUUAUCCCCUCUCUUCAGUUUGGUAGAUUUUGCACUGCUGAAGCAGGUGCUCUUGGCCUGGCACUGGAACUCUGUUGCUUUCUAUAAUGAAAUCUUGUUAGAAGCACUUCCUAGUUUGAAGAAUGAAUUUUUUAGGACUGCACACCUGGACCGGCUUGGAAAGAUCCAUCCCUCUUAACAUUUUUGCUCAUGCGGAAGAAUAAAUCGCACUCUGUGUGAAGAAUACUUUGGCAUGUUAUCUGUGCCAUUGUUAGGGGUGAAAUUUCUUUAUUGGCUACUGAGCUUUAUGGGCUAAUGAACAGGGUAGAAACCCACCUGGAAAGAAUGGCCAGUUUCCAUAUGUCCAUGCAUGAAGCCGCCACGCUGGGCAUUGGAUCUCCCCCCCUCCCCCAAUCUCAUGGAAGGCAAAUUGUCUUGUAAGAGGUCUUGUCAGGAGGAGAGGGAGACUAUUCAGACUUGAUGCUUUAAAACAAAUAUGGUCCUUUGCAAAUAAUGAUGUUUCUGCCCACGCUAGAGGCUGCAGUGGACAACACACUGCUGUACUUCCUUUGCCAACAUGUAAUAAAAGGCUGUCAGGUGUACUUCAAAA